CACCCACUCUCUCCUAUGCGCCUCAGCAUUCAAUACUACGCCUGCAGUCAAAUCACAUGGUUCGGUCCUGUGUCUUGUCGAUCGAUCUCCAUUCCGUAGACCCAUUCUGUCAACACCACCGUUUCUGGGCCAUCUUGGUCAGCUGACCCCUGGGGGGGCGGUGGACCAUCACCACACAGGACCCCUUCAAUUCCCAUCCUAUUAUUGCCUGGCGUUCGAGGACACGCCACGUCCCCUUCUAGUCUCUCCAAUCCUACAUCAUAUCCCGUCUCUCUCAACACUUCCUCACUCCUUUAAGCUUCUGUGAACCAUGCGAGACAAAAGCUUUACUGACACCUCGACUCUCCCAGUUGCACGCAAUUUUUCCGAUUCUUCAACCGACGACAGUACCACCUAUUCGACCGUAUCUCGCUCCUUAUCUUCAGCUUCAUCGGGUGUGGAGUCUCUAUCUCUCGGGAUGGCAGCCGUCAUGUCUAUGGGCUCUGGGCUCAACGACCCAUUCUCAGUCCCCGGUGCUAGCCCUUACGAAUCUCACCUCUUAUCGCUCCUCACUACCAUAUCCCAUCAGCCAUCUCCUUCAUACCCUUUCCCAGCAGAGCAAAAGCCUGCGGAAUCUCCGCUCAUGCGGUUCAAAGGAGAGAAGACUCAAGCCCAGGAGGCUAUAGAACGCGCCGUCAUCGCCAUUGGGAACCGUCUUUGGAACGCGGAAAAGUCUAAUGGUCAUCAAGGAUUUCCAUCCGCUCAGUUGCCUCUGCCAACUCCUGAUUGGUCCAACGAUGUCCCCAUGACAUCUCCUGGGCAAGCGGUAAUCACAGGCUCGAAAUGCCCUACAUGCACACGCCCCGUCGACAGCGUCGUAUCAUCACAAUCCGUCCCGGCGGUGUCAUCCUUUGCCUCUCAUCCCCUCUCAGCAUCCCUAUCGACUCCCCCGACCCAGCUCAGCCGCUCACUGCCCAAAGGCAAUGGCCACAGUAUCCUCACCACAUCAAAUGGAGCCAGUGUUCUCACCGGUGGGCCAGGUGCCGCCGGCUGGGCUGGUGAAAGCGGAAUGACAGCGGAGAAGGAGCUUGAAUUGCUUAAAGCUCAAGUCCAGGAUAUCGCCAGGGUCUGUAAGGCUGUCGCGACGGGAGACCUGACUCAGAAAAUUAUCGUGCCUGUCGAAGGUCAAGCCAUGACAGAAUUGAAGGAUAUCAUCAAUUCCAUGGUGGAUCGUCUAAAGACGUUUGCUGUCGAAGUCGAACGGGUCUCGCUGGAAGUAGGAACGGAAGGCAAACUCGGAGGUCAAGCCGUUGUCGAGGGUGUAGAAGGUACCUGGCGAGAUUUGACAGCGGUAGUGAACAAGCUGGCCGCCAAUUUGACCAGCCAAGUCAGAAGUAUCGCCAAAGUCACUACUGCCGUCGCCAAAGGUGACCUGAGUGAGACUAUUGAUGUAGAGGCUAGAGGAGAGAUUGCAGAACUGAAAACAACUGUUAACGGAAUGGUGGUGUCUCUUCGUACUCUCGCAGACGAAGUCUCUCGUGUCUCCCUGGAAGUCGGUUCACAAGGAAAGCUGGGUGGUCAAGCCAAUGUACCUGAUGUCGAAGGCGUAUGGAAAGAUCUCACUGUCAAUGUCAAUCGAAUGUGUGAAUCUCUGACAACCCAAGUGCGAUCCAUUGGUAGUGUCACAACAGCCGUGGCAAAGGGUGACUUGAGUAAGAUGAUUGAAAUUGAGGCCGAAGGUGAAAUGGCUGUGCUAAAGAAUACUGUCAACUCUAUGAUCAGGCAGCUCACGACGUUCGCCAACGAAGUUACGCGAGUGGCGCUGGAAGUCGGAACCCAGGGUAUUCUAGGUGGUCAAGCCGUUGUCGAGGGAGUUGAGGGCGUAUGGGAUGACCUCACCACCAACGUGAAUAAGAUGGCCAGAAACUUGACGGAACAAGUACGAGAAAUUGCCGAAGUCACCAAAUCAGUCGCUCGUGGAGACCUCACGAAAACGGUCAACGCAGAUGUCCAAGGAGAAAUCCUCGACUUGAAGAUGACGGUGAACGAUAUGGUUGCCCAAUUAACGGUUUUCGCCGCUGAAGUCACCCGUGUGUCUCUUGAAGUCGGAACUCAGGGUCGGUUGGGUGGACAAGCCUUGGUACCCAAUGUUGAGGGCACUUGGAAAGUCUUGACGGAGAAUGUAAACUUGAUGGCAUUAAACUUGACGACCCAAGUACGAAGUUUGGCCGAAGUCACCACCGCUGUCGCAGAAGGCGAUUUGAGCAAGAAGAUCCACGUCGAGGCAUUUGGAGAAAUUGCAGAGCUCAAGGACACGGUCAACAACAUGAUCGACUCGCUAGGACGAUUUGCAGCUGAAGUCACGCGUGUGGCUAGAGAAGUCGGCACUGAGGGUCGACUGGGUGGUCAGGCUCGAGUACCUGGAGUUGCUGGAACCUGGAAGGAUUUGACGGACCGAGUCAACAUUAUGGCUGCCAACUUGACAGAGCAAGUGCGAACUAUUGCCCACGCCACGACUGCCGUGGCACGAGGAGAUCUGACCCAAAAGGUCGUCGGUGUCAAAGUGUCUGGAGAAAUUUUGGAUCUAGUCAACACCAUCAACAAUAUGAUCGAUCAGCUGGCCAUCUUUGCUGCAGAAGUAACGCGUGUGGCGCGAGAAGUAGGAACUGAAGGAAAGCUCGGAGUGCAAGCAGAAGUUGAGAACAUUGAAGGGACAUGGCAGGAGAUCACAUUCAACGUCAACACCAUGGCCACAAAUCUGACCUCCCAAGUCCGAGCCUUCGCACAAAUUUCCGCAGCCGCUACUGACGGAGAUUUCACUCGCUUCAUCACCGUCGAGGCAUCUGGAGAAAUGGACAGUCUGAAGACCAAGAUCAACCAAAUGGUGUACAAUCUACGUGAAUCCAUCGAGAAGAAUACAAGCGCUCGUCAACAAGCCGAGUUGGCCAACAGGAGUAAAUCCGAAUUCUUGGCAAAUAUGUCUCACGAGAUCAGAACUCCCAUGAACGGUAUCAUCGGAAUGACCUUGCUCACCUUGGAAUCGGAAUUGACCCGUCAACAAAGAGAAAACUUGAUGAUUGUAUCGAGUUUGGCAACAUCACUUUUGACUAUUAUCGAUGACAUUCUGGAUAUUUCAAAGAUCGAGGCGGGUCGUAUGACCAUGGAGCAGAUUCCUUUCUCGCUCCGGGUGGCUGUCUUCUCCGUUGCCAAGACUCUCUGUGUCAAGGCGUCUCAGAACAAGCUCGACUUGAUCUUUGACAUUGAUCCGACCAUUCCUGAUCAGCUUAUCGGUGAUCCUUUGCGUCUACGACAGGUCAUUACGAACCUCAUUGGAAAUGCCGUCAAGUUCACCACCAAAGGCUUUGUUGCUCUGUCUUGCCGAGUCAAGCGGAUCAUGCCGGAUGCGAUCGAGCUCAUGUUCUGCGUUGCCGAUACUGGUAUCGGUAUCAAGCAAGAUAAAUUGGAUGUCAUCUUUGAUACCUUUGCUCAAGCUGAUGGAUCGACUACACGAAAAUACGGAGGAACAGGUCUCGGAUUGACCAUUUCCAAACGAUUGGUUAGUCUUAUGCAAGGGAAUCUGUGGGUCGAGUCGCAGUAUGGACAAGGGUCUCGAUUCUACUUUACGACCGUGGCGGAAAUGACUGCCUCACCUCAUGACGCUGCAGUUCUGGCCAGUCUGCCAAAGUGGGCCGGUCGGCAUAUCCUCCUCAUCGAUACGCUGUACGACGAGACUGGAGUGGCAGAUCUGCUUCGACGACUCGGAUUCAAGGUGACCGUUGCGCACACCAUCAAAGAGCUCUCCGAGCAAGAGAUACGAGGCAACAACGACUUCCCUUCUUACGACACCAUGAUCGUGGAUUCGCUACAGGCGGCGGAGAGACUGAGAUCUGUUGAACACUUGCGAUUCAUCCCCAUCGUCCUGCUCAUCCCUUCCAAUAAGCCUCCUGGACCUGAUAAUCCGACGUUCCUGGACCUCACAGAGUCCGAGCGACGAUUGCUGGCAUUACCAUCGACGGAAGAGCAAAUGCUGCCUCCUAUAUCCGUCAAGGAUUGCUUGGAAAUGGGUAUCAACACGUAUUACACCACUCCGUUGACACUACAAGAGCUUGCGAAUGCCAUGGGACCGCCGUUGGAACUUCACCAAUCUCAACCCGGGGACAAUGUACCUGGAGUCGUGUUGAGCAUCUUGCUUGCAGAAGACAACUUGGUCAACCAGAAACUCGCAGUCAAGUUGCUCGAAGUUGUCGGUCACAAGAUUGAAGUGGCGGACAAUGGAGAGAUUGCCAUUAACAAGUACAAGCAACGAUUGGAGAAUGGGAAUCCAUUCGAUGUGAUUCUCAUGGACGUCUCCAUGCCUGUCAUGGGGGGCAUGGAGGCGACAGGGAGGAUCAGAGAAUACGAGGCGAAGGAGAAUAAACCUCACGUCCCAAUUAUUGCGUUGACUGCACACGCCAUGAUUGGAGAUAAGGAGAGAUGUCUCAAAGCUGGAUUUGACGAAUACGUGCCAAAGCCAAUCAAACGAGCAGAACUGACCGUCGCGAUCGCUCGAGCUAUUACGACUCAGACCGCCAACGACGCGUUAUCGAUGCAGCUGUUAUCUCAUGGUCUGCGUCCGGAGACUAGGUGAACUCGCAAGAACGGGGGUGCCAGACACCUCACGCUAUGAUGAUAUACCAAAUUGUUGUGCUACUCCUUUGAGCCGUUUAGGAUAGGGUUCGCGUCACUAGAACUCGGAGAUGUUUCUCUACAUGUGAUGAUGUACA